AACAGGUCAUUCCGAACUUGGACCACAACCACCACCAAGAUAGUGCUACCUCACUGCCUUCUUAACAAUAGUCGUUGACAUGGAUUCUGCUCACGCCAACAUUGUCAACGACCUCGUCGAUAUUUUCUGCACGUCCUUCAGAGAAGAAAGUCCUAUUGUCAUUUUCCCGCCAGCCCUGCUUGCCGGUCUAGAGCAACUAAGCCGAACGAAGGCUCGCACAGAGUCUGGUGCAUCGACAUAUUCACCAAAAUCACUCAACGCCAUUGGAGUCCAUAUCUUUCAUGGCGGGCUCAGUCUCGCCAUUCUCAGUCGCGAUGGUCUUGCUCCAACGGUUCAUAGCAAACAAUUGCUCGCAAAACUCAAAGACGACGAGCGGCUGAUGUUAGCUAUCAAAAACAUUUCGCUUAUGCUCUACCAUGGAAGCCCGGAUCCGAUACCGCUCUUUUUUACUAUGGUUGGGCUGAUCUACGUCAAGAAGGGCUGUGAUUUCGUACUGAUGUGGAUUCGGCGCCUGGUGAGGCCGGCACUGAGAAAUUUGAAUGAGUAUGUCAAGCUACUUCGGUUGUUACGGGAAGGGCCUACCCCAUUUUCACUCGACAGCUACACCUCUAAAGUACAUCUUGAAGAGUUCUGGCUCUCCAUCUGUCCCACUCCUGUGAACUCGCCAACAAAUAUAGCCUAUCUCACAUACCGAAAGCGACUUUUGCAAAAAGCUUGUCUAUCAGGCACACCGUCACCCGAAAAGAUGAAGGACGGCAUGAAGAAUUAUCUAACAUCAACCGACUUUUCAAAGCGGAGACGUCUCUGGUAAUCGAAUUCUGGACCUGGACAGCUCUAAGACAAUCUAUACUUGUCCUAGAUAUUUUGCACAUGAUAAUUUUACUCUGGUUGGCUACUACUUGAAAGGUUACAUUUUUCGUUAUAUAACCUGCUUACACAUGUCGGCACGAAAUUCGCUACAAUCGAGACGCGAUCGAUCGAAAGUUCAACCUUUGUCCUCAACUACAACAACUACUACGUCGUCCCUUUGGAUCAACGUAUCGCGUCCCGCCUUACUCUAUAUACCGCGACACACUUGGUAUUAUCUCAUCUGUCUACACUGAUUCCAGUUCGACAUCGC